AAUAAUCAGCUGUUUGAUGCUAGUUUUAAUAGGAAGGGUAACGAAAUUAGAUUAAAAUUAAAAAUGUGUUCGCCGUUUGUUCGUCGCUUUUCCAUAUUUGCAUUGAGAAGGACUCAGCAAAAAAAUGCACUAGGUGGGAAUAGUUUGGUGAAUAAGGUGGCAAUUACGAACGACGGGGCCGUUUGUGUUGCAUGGCAUCCUGAGGCAGAUUUUCCAUAUGAAUGUUCCAAACCAAUCCCAUAUGCCACCAAUGACCAGAAUAAAACAUUAAUCGCAGACAAACGCAAUGAAAAUACAAUUAGUGCUUUCAAAACAAAAACACCGGAAAUAGCUCGUCAGGAGCUUAUGCAACUCACUUUUACUACAAAGCAUCGUUGGUUCCCAAGAUCACGCGAUAAGCGUGCUAAACGUACACCAAUGGACCGGCCUUAUUUGUAAUAAAUCUUAUAAUUUAAGUUAUUUGCUUUAUUAUUCAAAUAUAUGGUACCAAAAAUGUCUAUUCUA